CGCUCUCCAGGGUGUCCCUUCUGGGCUCUUACCUUAUCCUUGGGGUCCCUUUUAGUACCAAGGGCCUUUCUGUCCCCCCUACUCCUCUGCACAGAUCCUGGGGCGUUAGUCACAGUGUGACAAUGGCCAUGAUUCCCUGUACGGAUGACAGAGAGGUGGCUCACAACCAUGCUCCCUCUGUGUUCUCCCAGCCCUGGGGGGUCAGGAUGGGAAAGCUCUGGCUUAUUUGGAGGAGGUCUUGUCAUCGAACUCAUUCUAGGGUGGGAGUACAGAUGAAGGCCUGUGGCUUCCACCCAGCCCUGAGCUUCAUGUGCAUUUUGAGGUGUAAGGGGUGGGCUGGUGUCUGGUGCCCGAGACCCUCCUUCCCACCAGACCUUCCUUCCCAGCCUCUGAGGGAGACCGGCCUGUGGCCGUCACCUGCCUGGUGCCAGGCCUUCCUUCCCAGCCACUGAGGGAGAGUGGCCUGUGGCCAUUGCUUGCCUGGUGCCAGGCCAUUUUAUCAGAUCCUCAAUCCUGUCAGCCAGGGCUAUCCCUACUUUAUGGACAAGGAGAGAUGGCUCAUGAGAUUACACCGGCCCGCUCAGAGGCCUAACCAGCGAGCUUUGGGGCCAGGUUGGCCCCUACCGCCUGGACCCCAGCCCGGCUCCUUGACUGAGCCCGGCUGCCUGGUGACUCAGGCCUGCAGAGUCUGCUGAGCGGGCGAGGGCCAGGGCGGGGUGCCAGCAGGUAUAAGGCAGCCGGCCAGGGCGCCGACAGCCCGACCUCACCAGGAGAACAUGCAGCUCCGCACUGGGCUCCUGCUGGCCGCCGUCCUGAGCCUGCAGCUGGCUGCAGCCGAAGCCAUAUGGUGUCACCAGUGCACGGGCUUCGGAGGGUGCUCCCAUGGGUCCAGAUGCCUGAGGGACUCCACCCACUGCGUCACCACUGCCACCCGGGUCCUCAGCAACACCGAGGAUUUGCCUCUGGUCACCAAGAUGUGCCACAUAGGCUGCCCCGAUAUCCCCAGCCUGGGCCUGGGCCCCUACGUAUCCAUCGCUUGCUGCCAGACCAGCCUCUGCAACCAUGACUGAUGGCUGCCCUCCUCCAGGCCCCCGGACACUCAGCCCCCACGGCCCCCACAGCCUGGCGCCAGGGCUCACGGCCGCCCCUCCCUCGAACCUGGCCAGCCCACCUCUCCCGGCCUCUGCAGCCACCGUUCAGCACCACUUGUCCUAGGGAAGUCCUGCGUGGAGUCUUGCCUCAAUCUGCUGCCGUCCAAGCCUGGGGCCCAACGUGCCUGCCGCCCCUUCAGGUCCCGACCUCCCCACAAUAAAAUGUGAUUGGAUUGUGUGGCACAA